AUGACCGCUGAUUUCGCGGUCCGCAGCGACAUCGACCCCGUAUCGCUGGCCACGUAUGAAGCCCCGUUCACUCCGAUCAACGCCAAGUUCCCUCUCACCGAUUACGCGGGAGCCAUCAUCGAACAGGGCAUCACACACCUCAAAGCCCCUCGCGUGCAACUGGCCAACGUCACCUCACCUACGGAUUUUCCCGAAGCUACAGCUUCGUUUAGCCAGUCUGAUACGCCCGUCAGCGACUACGUCUUUCAGCUAACGCAGCAGAGCGAACUCGCCAUGCCUGAUCUCAAGAUCGGGGAAACUCUCACGCCGGCGGCCGAACCCGACGAUUGGCUGAAGGUUCCUCUUGUCGAGGGCUGGCAAAACCAGAAAGUCCGCGCCCGCUCGUAUCCGCUGAGUCAGAGGGAUCGAGAGGUUCUUAACAAGACCUUCAACGCCCUCUACAAACAGUGUCGAAUACGCUGGGCAAAAGGCGCUGGUCCUUUUGCUCAUCCCGUCUUUGUCGUGUGGGGGAUGAGCCGAGGCGAACUGAAGGGACGCGUCGUUAAUGAUCUUCGUGGUCUAAAUAAGGUGACGGUUCCUGAUAACUACCCGCCUCUGAGCUCCAACGACGAACACAACAACAACGGCAACCAGGGCAUUGGAUGUGACGACUUCAUCGGCUCCAAGCUUGGGACCUUCUUCAACGACAACACCGCCCCGAAAGGUAGCAGCACAUUCAAGGCUCUGCUUCUCGGCAAGACCACGAGGUACAACACACCACGAGUGGCAGUGAUCAUAAAGGACCUCUCGAAAAAAUUCAAGGAGAUUGUCAAUUUCCAUACCUACGAAGGCCAGGGCAAGCGUCACGACUUAUACGACACACCUCAGGGCGGAACAACUCUCGACGCACGGGAUGUGAACAGUUUCAACUCGUUCUGGCGGGCCAAGGCUUCCUGGGACAGCGAAGUAUGGCCUUUCAUCGAGGAUGUCUUCGCAUUCUCCCCCAAAGCUACUCCUAGCAAUAACAAGGUCGAUGAGGAUAUCUGA